UGUGAAGUUGAGGUUUAGUCUGCCGCCGCCGCCUCCUCUCCGCUCGGCUGCAGGGGACACAAGACACUCCUGCAAGGGGACACUUCUGCAAGGGGACACUUCUGCAAGGGGACACUUCUGCAAAGGGACGCGGGCAGCUUCUCUACUACAAGGCAACGGAGAGAGCUGAUAACCUCCAUCUCAGACGUCCAGUGACGUGUUUAUGAGGACUUCCACCAUCGCUCAGUGACAGAUAGACAUGCUGCAGGUGCAGAGACUCUCUGACUGAUCAUCUUACAGCCAUGGGCCAACAGAGCGCUGAGCUGUCCCACUGCUAGGCGACGGGGCAUCCGACAGGGCAGGAGACAUGUUGGGACAGAGGCCCGAGGACCACUGCACUGAAGUCUGUUACUAUAGCAAAUACUGUAGUAACCAUGGAAAAGCUAUGGAGGACUGCUCUGGUCUGCACUGUCGUUAUCGUCCUGGUUGCCACCGAGAUCACAGGAGGUCACGAAGAUGAGAUUAGUAAAUCACAAGCUGCUUUCCUGUCCAGCCUAGGCCAGUAUGAAAUUGCCAUCCCUGUACGUGUUGGACCGAAUGGCGAGAUGCUGGACACAAAUAGGACACAAUAUCACCAAAGAAGACGACGAAGCACUGAAGACAGGCUGCCUGACUCUCUCUUCUACCAGCUGUCCACAUCGCAGAACAACUUCUUGCUGAACCUGACACUGCAGGGAGGCUUGUUGUCUCGCCAGUUCAGGGUGGAGUACUGGAAGAGGGGCCAAUUAGCCUGGAGUCACCCUUACUCUCUCCAUUGUCACUAUACGGGUCACCUCCAGGACCAGCCCCACUGCAGCAAAGUGGCCCUGAGCAACUGUAACGGCCUGCAGGGGGUGAUUGUUGCCGGGGGAGAGGAGUACCUCAUUGAACCGCUUGUCUUAUCAGAUAACCAAACAAGGCCAGAGAGGGAGGAGAGAACAGAGGGGCGCCCCCAUGUGGUUUACAAACGCUCAUCACUCCGCCAUCAGUACAAGGGCCGCUCCUGCGGAGUCACUGAUGAGAAGCCAAUAAAAGGCGUGUCUGGGUGGCAGCGAACUCUGAAGACGCCGCCCCACCAUGUUGGCCGCGGCCAGCUGCCCCUGAAGCGCUCCGUCAGUCAGGAGCGUUACGUGGAGACGCUGGUGGUGGCUGACAAGAUGAUGGUGGGAUACCACGGUCGCAGGGAUAUCGAGCAAUACAUCCUGGCCGUCAUGAAUAUUGUUGCCAAACUGUUCCAUGAUUCUAGCCUGGGGAAUGCAGUGAACAUCGUGGUGACACGGCUCAUCCUGCUCAUGGAAGACCAGCCAACACUGGAGAUCAACCAUCAUGCAGGGAAGUCUUUAGACAGUUUCUGUAAGUGGCAGAAAACCAUCCAGCACCGCAGCAGCAGCUACGGGAACGCCAUCCCGGACAACGGCAUUGCUCACCACGACACCGCUGUGCUCAUCACCAGGUACGACAUCUGCAUCCAGAAAAACAAGCCGUGUGAAACUCUAGGUCUGGCUCCGGUGGGAGGGAUGUGUGAACCAGAGAGGAGCUGCAGCAUCAAUGAGGACAUCGGUCUGGGAACAGCCUUCACCAUCGCCCAUGAGAUCGGUCAUACGUUUGGGAUGAACCAUGACGGCAUGGGGAACGCCUGCGGGCCACGCAGCCAGGAGACCGCCAAGCUGAUGGCUGACCACAUCACCAUGAAGACAAACCCGUUCAUCUGGUCGGCCUGCAGCCGGGAUUACAUCACCAGUUUCCUCGACUCAGGUUUGGGCUCCUGUCUGAACAACGUGCCCCCAAAGCAGGAGUUUGUGUACCCCACCACAGCACCAGGUCAGGCCUACGAUGCAGACGAGCAGUGCCGCUUCCAGUAUGGCAUCAGAUCCCGACAGUGUAAAUAUGCGGAAGUCUGCAGCGAACUUUGGUGCAUGAGUAAGAGCAACCGCUGCAUCACCAGCAGUAUACCAGCUGCUGAGGGAACCAUCUGUCAGACUAAUACCAUAGAGAAAGGGUGGUGCUUCAAAAGGGUGUGUGUUGCGUAUGGGACUCGUCCAGAAGGUGUGGAUGGAGGAUGGGGCCUGUGGUCCACGUGGGGGGAGUGCAGCAGGACCUGUGGAGGUGGAGUCACCUCUUCUGUCAGACACUGUGACAGCCCCAGGCCAACCAUCGGUGGAAAAUACUGUCUGGGAGAAAGAAAACGCUUCAGGUCCUGUAAUAUUGAUGAGUGUCCUUUAGGCUCCAGGGACUUCAGAGAGAUCCAGUGCUCCGACUUUGAUAGCACCUCUUUCAGGGGAAAGUUUUACACCUGGAAACCUUACAGAGGAGGUGGGGUGAAGCCCUGCUCUCUCAACUGCCUCGCAGAAGGAUACAACUUCUACACAGAGCGAGCGCCCGCCGUGGUUGACGGUACGCUGUGUCGAGACGACUCUGUGGACGUUUGUGUAAACGGGGAGUGUAAGCACGUGGGUUGUGAUCGUGUGCUCGGCUCAGACAUGCGUGAAGAUCGCUGUCGGAUCUGCGGGGGUGACGGUAGCAGUUGCAUCUCUGUGGAGGGAGUCUUCAAUGACUCGCUGCCUGAAGGAGAUUAUGAAGAAGUGGUGAGAAUUCCCAAAGGAUCAGUGUUCAUCCACAUACAAGAGCUCAACAUCUCCCUCAACUACCUUGUCCUGAAGAAUAAAAAUGACCAGUAUUUUAUCAAUGGGAAGCUUACCAAUGACACGUCUCGAAGGUUCAACGCCGCCGGGACCACUUUCUACUACAAGCGGCCCACUGAUGGACCAGAAACUAUUGAAGCUCCGGGCCCAACAAACAUCACCCUCAUUGUCAUGGUGCUGAUGAAGGAGGACAACCCAGGGAUCCACUAUCGUUUCAACUCGCCAGUCAGCAGGGAUCCCAUGAGCGGCUUCGCCUGGCAGUACACGUCCUGGUCUCACUGCUCAGCUUUGUGUGCUGGAGGUGUACAGAUCCAACAAGUUGUGUGUAAGAGGCAGUCAGAUCUUACAGUCGUCUACAAUCACUUCUGUGACAAGAAGAACAAACCCAAAGAGAAGAGAAGAUCCUGCAACACUGAGCCGUGCUCCCCAACCUGGCGGACAGGAGAGUGGUCGGAGUGCAGCCGCAGCUGUAACGGCGGCCUGCGGACUCGGGAAGUGUUAUGUAAAAGAAGGAUCUCUGCGAUGGAGGAGAAGGUCCUGGACGACUCGGCCUGCACCUCCUCUCGCCCUUUGUUCACAGAGCCCUGCAGCAACCAUAGCUGUCCUCCUGAGUGGCUGGCCUUGGAUUGGUCUGAGUGCACACCCAGUUGUGGUCCUGGCUACAGACAGCGUGUGGUAUUGUGUAAGAGCGGAGAGAGCGGUGACACAUUGCCAGACCUAAAGUGUCCCAAACAUGGCCGACCCACCUCCAGGAUGCGCUGUAACCUGCAGCGCUGCCCUCCGCCUCUGUGGGUCGCAGGUCCGUGGGGCGAGUGCUCUGCCAGGUGUGGUCUGGGUCAGGAGAUGCGUUCGGUGCAGUGUCUCGCCCACACCGGCCAGCCAUCCACCGAGUGUCUGGAGCAUCAGCGGCCCGCGGCCAUGCAGCAGUGCAAGAGCAAAUGUGACCCCAGUCUGCCCAUCGAUACAGAGAACCCAGAAGGUCAGAGGCCAAAUUUCAGUGCUGAGUGUAAAGAUGUGAGCACUGUGGCAUACUGCCCCCUGGUUCUCAGGUUCAAGUUCUGCAACCGGCCAUAUUUCAGACAAAUGUGCUGUAGGACCUGUCAGGGACACUGACGCUGCUGCUGCUGUUGGGGGUCAAAAAGUAAGACCGCACCUUUUCCACUGAGCCUCGCAGCAGCCUUCACAGUGUCUCUGUCAGUUCAAGGAUGGGAUCCAUUGUUGAUGCUGACAAACAGAUGCACGGUCCUGAAAUUAGUCAGAUGGAUGCUUUCCAGAUCUGAAAUCUCGGGUCCAAACAUCGUUCCACUGGAGGAGAGGGUCGAUCGCUGGAACCUGGAAAGGGAAGGACGGAGGCAGCAACUGUCCUCCAUCGUCUGUCAGGACGAGCCCUCUCUUUGUCUUUGUCUCUAAACUUUGCCUUUGUCUUAAUAUUUUGGUGCUAUAUGUUUUACUUUGGCUACAGGACUGGUUGCAGUAAUCUUAAACUCCACUUGUUAUUACUUCAGUGGCCUUAAUGUUUAGCCUGUUAUAAGUUUUUUAAACAUCCACUUUGAACGGAAAAUAAUUUUCAGAUAUCUGUGCCCACGAACAGAUUAGCUCCUAUGAUUUUAAAACAUAUUUUUAUGUUAUCUGAUAGCUUUUACUUGACUCAUCGUUUUUAUGUCAUUGUUUUGUUGCAUAUCAAUAUAACCAUCGAGUCCUCACAGAUAUUGGGUUAUAUGGGCAGAUUUGGAUUUGCACGAAGAGUCUGCAAUCAGAGGACUCUUGUGUGUUUUGUGUUUCUUGUCCCAUCAUUCAGCUUGAUGUCUGUGGAUGUUUUGGAAAAUGCCUCAGUCUUGCCAUUUCACUAGUUUACCUGCAGUUUAUCACCUCUGCUGCAUUAAACAACUACAUGCCGUAGAGAUUUACUGAAAAUUGUUAAACAUUUUUAUACAUUAGGACGUAGGGUUGUAUUGUGUCUGCGGACUUUGACAUCUUUGGCAUAAUGUCCCUCUCAAUCAUCAGAUUUCACUUUGUGCUGGCUGGCUGUAAACGUUUUACUUUAUGUUUUUCCCAAAUGUGCAAAGGUGCAAAUAGUGAGUGGAAACACGGAGCACAGUGAGUCACAGUGAGUCAGUUGUGCCAACAGCAAGAAGCCAACAGAGAUUAAAGGCAAAUUAAGAUUAUUUUACAUUAGGAAAGCUGAUCUGAGCAUAAAAGUAUAAUUGUUUAGGCAUGACUCCCGUCUUUCAGACAGUAUCCACCACAAUUCUCCUUACGCUGCAGCUACAAUGUGCAAAACCUUUAAACACUCCAUAAUUCUGUAAUGACAUGCUUCUGUGGCUGCUGAUGUCUUAUUCCCUUUUAGAGGACGUUUUCUAAAGAUCUUUUAAAAGGAUUAUUUGGACUUUAGCUGCUUUUAACACAUUUUCCUUCCAGACCUUGGAAUAUGGACAAGUUGAAGACAAAAAAAAAAACCAAAAACAUCGAACCUAAAACCUAUUGACAGCACAUUUCUUUGGGAAUAUUUGUUUUGGUUCUAAGUAUUUUUCUUUUUUCUUGAAACUAUGUUUUUCUGUGUGUUUAUGUGACCUUACAGUCGUAACAGAUCUAAUUUCAGUUCUUUUUAAACAUGUCUGCAUGUGAAAACGACUCUUGUCACUUAACCUUUGGUGCAUUUUUCUGCUCAAAUGAUAUUAAGGUCAGAGUGGAACUGGGAGGAAAAACUGUGACAAAGCAGCCUAAGUAAAAAAAAAAAAAAACUUUUUUGUGUGAAUGCAAUAGUGUCAUGUCACAGCCUUUUUAAUUUGAUAUGACAUUAUCCAAACACAAAGCAACUCUGAAUUCUGGGGUUUAAUGUCCAAGGUAGAGGCUGGUCAUUUCACUCCUGCACAGUUUUAUACUUUAGUAAUUUUGGUCUUUUUGCAUCCAGAUGGAGCUGUCUGCUAUGAGAUGUUUACAGUCAUCCAUGCGCCCAGUGGCACGAGAACGUUUCCUAUUCGUCUUCACAACUGAUUAGUGGCAAGGAGACAGAGUGACCCAAAGCCAUUAAAUGUGCACAUGUUUUAUACCACUAUUGAUUUCUUUAUAAUUUUCAAUAUCGUCUUAAUCAACAGUUCUCCAGGCUUUCUGAAAGUCUGUAGAGCAUCCGUUUGCACAUUGGCUGCUUAUUUACCUGUUUUCUGUCCAGUUCUUGAACCCGACCAUGACGGUAUACAGUACAGUGAGAGGAGAGUGGACAUGUGAAGAACCAAAAAGAGCUAUACGCAGCAGAAUGGCACUGUUUAAAUGUCACAUCUUCAGGAAACUGUAAAAAAUACAACAAAGACAGAAGACCUGACUGCAUAGAGAAAGAAAUGUCUCAUACCAACUGUGCAUUAGUUCAUACCCAAAUUCAGGUCAUUUUGUAUUGAAAGUAACUUUCUAUAAUCUACUCCUAGUCCACUGUAACAAAAUAUGAUUAUGUGGCUCUGGUAAAUUGAGUCUCGUUUGAUCAGAGGUUAAAAGCCAACUGGUUUAAACUGGAACUGCAACCACAAUCAGUGGAAAUAGUAAAGCAAGGGUUAAAAAAUGUGGGUAUGAAAUAGAAAGAGGGACGAAUUAACCAGAAAAACUUAUUCAGUUUCUACAAAUUAAGACUACAGAGAAUUAUCACUGAAUUAGAUUCAGAAACCCCAAAUCUUCCUAGAGAUAAAGAAAAAAAAGCGCCUUGUUUUCAAAUGUAUUGAUAAAACAUGCUGACCUCAUAGAACCACCAUUUCAAUGCUGACACCUGUUGCUUUCUGAGUCUACACAAAGUCUAUUUUUAAAGCGGCACGUUGUCCCAAUUUUUGGUACGAGCUCAGCUGAUCUGGAUAUGCUCGUUGCUAAUUUCGUAGAGCGGUUUUAAUGACGCAUAAACUGCAUUUCCACUGUUUCUCAAUCUAGGAGAGAAUAAUUCAAGAAAUGCUGCGUUAGAGACUUCUAGGGAUCAGUCAUCGAGCCUCAUGGCCUCACUGUGACGCCCACUGUGCUCUGAAAUCUGCUGUGGCUGAGUCAACACAUAUAGCAGCUGAGUGCAACACUCAAACGUUGCAUAGUUUCUUUGUGAAGAAAGGAAGCAACUGUCUCUUUGUGGGGACUGGCUGCAAUGUUACUCCUGUUACUUUUGGUGGUGCUUUGGUUUUGAAUGGUGCUAUUUGUUCACUGCUGUUUGUUUCUCAUGUAUCAUUUAAACAACUGUUAAAAUCGUUUAUUUAAAAAUCAGCUUGAGCCUUUUUUUUUAUGUUACAGAUGUGCAAAGUAAAACGCAUAGUGAUGAAGUGUAAAAGUGCAGCUGUUUGUAAAGGUCCAUCCACUAGAGGUCCUCUUUGAUUCAUGUGCUCAUUCUUUUAAAAAUAUAAUUUAUUUUAAUGAUCUCUCACAUUUAGUGAUAAUUAGCGCUAUUAAAUCAAAACAUCUUUAUCAGAUGUUUAUCACAGACACAGUCUCCUGAGAAGAUUUGAACAAUGAUGAAGUAAUCAAUCGCAGCAUGACACAUACUUUUCAUGCUUAUAUAGCAUUUUACAAAAGUCUAUACCCCCUGAACUUUUGGAUUUUAUACAAUUUUACAAAUAAAAAUCUGAAAAGUG